GCGUCGUAGCCAGGAAGAGGCUCCCCCCACUCCCUCCUGUGCGCAGUGACGUCACGGCAGUCGCGGCCGCCGACGCAGGGCUGGGGUUCCAUUUUCAGUGCGAGCUUUCGGGGGAACAGCAACAUGGAGCCUGAGAUAGAGGACAAAACGCUGGAGCUGAUGAACACCUCCUCAGUCAUGGACUCUCAGAAUGACGACUUGUCGCCCAAGAAGAGCACAGUGCUGAGGAUCAGUAACGGGACGGUGACGGGCUCCAGGAAGCGGCCGUCGGAGGGAAACUAUGAGAAGGAGAAGGACGUGUGCAUCCAGCUGUUCGAUCAGUGGUCUGAGGCUGACCAGGUGGAGUUUGUGGAGCACCUGAUCUCCCGCAUGUGCCACUACCAGCACGGACACAUCAACUCCUACCUCAAACCCAUGCUGCAGAGAGACUUCAUCACGGCUCUGCCAGCGCAGGGAUUGGACCACAUCGCGGAGAACAUCCUGUCCUUCCUGGACGCGCGGUCGCUGUGUGCUGCGGAGCUGGUGUGUAAGGAGUGGCAGAGGGUGGUGUCCGAGGGCAUGCUCUGGAAGAAGCUCAUCGAGCGCAUGGUCCGCACCGACCCGCUCUGGAAGGGCCUGUCCGAGCGCCGCCAGUGGGAAAAGUACCUGUUUAAGAAUCGCACCACAGAAGUUCCCCCAAACUCCUACUACCACUCCCUGUACCCCAAAAUCAUCCAGGACAUCGAGGUGAGCCUCAAACUCCACUCCCUCCCUUUCCCUCUAGCAGUCUUUGGUGUGUGUGCGUGUGUGGUUCUCAGAUCUGGGAUAAGCAGUCUUUGGUGUGUGUGCGUGUGUGGUUCUCAGAUCUGGGAUAAGCAGUCUUUGGAGUGUCUGAAGAUCCUGACGGGACACACUGGCUCGGUGCUCUGCUUGCAGUACGAUGAGCGAGUCAUUGUCACCGGCUCCUCCGACUCCACCGUGCGGGUGUGGGAUGUGAGCUCGGGGGAGGUGUUGAACACGCUGAUCCAUCAUAACGAGGCGGUGCUGCACCUGCGCUUCUGUAACGGUCUGAUGGUCACAUGCUCUAAAGACCGCUCCAUCGCCGUGUGGGACAUGGCCUCGGCCACCGACAUCAGCCUGCGCCGCGUGCUCGUCGGCCACCGCGCCGCCGUCAACGUCGUCGACUUCGACGACAAGUACAUCGUCUCCGCGUCGGGGGACCGCACCAUCAAGGUCUGGAGCACUAGCACAUGUGAGUUUGUACGCACUCUGAACGGACACAAACGUGGUAUCGCCUGCCUGCAGUACAGAGACAGACUGGUGGUCAGUGGCUCCUCCGACAACACCAUCAGGUUGUGGGAUAUCGAGUGUGGGGCGUGUUUGCGGGUGCUGGAAGGUCAUGAGGAACUUGUUCGCUGCAUUCGAUUCGACAACAAAAGAAUCGUCAGUGGAGCCUAUGAUGGUAAGAUUAAAGUUUGGGAUCUGCAGGCUGCUCUGGACCCCCGAGCCCCUGCCAGCACCCUCUGCCUGCGCACCCUGGUGGAACACUCUGGUCGGGUUUUCCGGCUGCAGUUUGAUGAAUUCCAGAUCAUCAGCAGUUCCCAUGACGACACUAUUCUCAUCUGGGACUUCCUAAAUGUGCUGCCCAAUGGACAAACAGACGGACGUUCUCCCUCUCGCACAUACACCUACAUCUCCAGAUAACAGGGUGUGAGCAGCAGGGGGCGCUCUGCGUUGUGUGACGGUGUGAGAGAGGUUCACGGACCCACCGCAGAUGCCCAGAGGCCCCGCCCCCCGUCUCUGUUCCCAGCAGCCCUGGGUGCGGGUCGGGUGAACGCCCGUGUGACCCCCCCAUUCUGGAGGCGUGGACAAUGCACUCCGCUGGUUGCUUAGAGACAGACGGACAGAUUUCUCUCUCAGAGCCUGAGGGAGGAAGAGAGAACAGAUUGUCUCACUGCUGGGGGUGGGGUUGAGCUCUGAGGCCCCGCCCCCAGCCCCAGGAUUCCACUUCAGUCUCCACUGUUCCCGUGCAGAGACUAUGAACCAGCUGCAGCGCUCUCUCUCCCCCCCUCUGUCUCUCUCUCUCUCCCUCUUUCCCACUCUCUCUCUCUCCCUCUCCCCCCCUCUGUCUCUCUCUCUCUCUCUCCAUCUUUCCCACUCUCUCUCUCCUUCUAUCUCUCCCUCUCUCCCUCUGUCUCUCUCUCUCUCAUCUUUCCCACUCUCUCUCCCUCUCCCCCCCUCUGUCUCUCUCUCUCUCUCUCUCCCACUCUCUCUCUCUCUCUCCCUCUCCCUCUAUCUCUCCCUCUGUCUCUUCUCCUCUCUGGGAGCUGAUUUGUUGUCUUUGUAAUAUUGUAUAUUUCUCUCCUCUGUCUUUCCUCACUGUCUGCUUGCCUGUAGCUUGGAGCUGAAGUUAGCUGUAAACAGAAUUGUAUUGUCCAAAAUUGUGUUGUAUAUUGAAAUGAUUUUUUAAAGAAAAACAUUAAUUACAAUAAAGUACUUGACUGUGAAAA